AUGCCACUCUUCACGCGCCCAACCACAAACUGGCGCCCCCUCCCACUAACGCCCUUCUUCCUGGCGCCCUUCGCGCUGCUCUGUCUCCUCCUCGUCCUCCUCCUCGAAGUGACACUGCGCGCCUGCCUCCCCGACGGCUGUCCUGCCUUUGGCGCUCCUUCCUCCAACACCACCUCCGACCUCUCCACAUACGCCCAAGGAUACUCGGCGGCGACGACGUCGUUCGUGUACAACUACCUCCCCACGAUCGUGACAGUGUCCUUCGGGCUGCUGUGCGCGCUGGUGCACCAUGACGCGAUGCGCAUGGAGCCGUGGUUCCAGAUGAGCCUUGCUGAGGGCGCGGUGGCGGAGGAGAGCCUGUUGCUGGCGUACUCGUAUAUGAUGCCGCCGUCUGUGCCUGUUGCUGCUUGGAAGAACCGGCACUGGACCGUCUUCACCGCCUCCCUCCUCGUCCUCCUCUCCACCACGCUGCUGACGCCCCUCACCGCCGGCCUCUUCGACACCACGGCCCUCACCUUCACCUCCACCAGCCCGACCACCCACCGCCUCCUCCGCUGGACCUACCACCCCGGCGAAGACCUCGACGACGCCAGCCGCAGCAACGCCACCAUCGGCGGGUACUCCAGCCGCCACGAAUACCUUGCCUACACGCACGGCUGGCUCAACGGCUCCCUCCCGCCAUUCACCACGGCCACCUACGCCCUCAGCCCGUGGGCCGCCGCCGAGUCGCUCCUCUCCGCCAACUCCACCACCACCCCCUCACAGGAGGAACAACACUGGACCGGCGACACAACCCUCUACGAAGCCGACCUCCACUGCACCGAAGCCACCCGCACCCCGCUGGAGGUCCCCGGCGUCGGCCUCAUCGGCUACAACCUCACCUCCCCCUCCGCCCCCUACCUCAGCUACCCCCUCUGGGACCCGGGCCUCGCCAACGCCACCGACUACGACCUCAUGGGCACCAUCAGCGCCUCCAUCCCCGCCUUCGAUUCCUGGAGCUACUACAAAGACCGCCCCCGCUUCCAGACCGGCGCCGACUGCGUCCGGCUGACAACAGCCGUGUACGUCGUCGCCGAGGCGCCGGCGCCGAUAUCGCCCGGGUGGGACGUGAAGGUCGUGGAGACGCCCGGAAAGAGUCUGCUGCCCCCGCGGUGGACGGCCGUGUUUUGUUCACCGGCGUACUACGCGCAGCGCGUGCACGCCGUCGUGGCCAUGCCGAGCGGGCGGGUGGUGAGUGUCACCCGCGUUGGCACGCGCGAGGAGAUCCCCAGCGCGAACGACACCUCCGUCCUCGGGGACCUUCUGUGGAACCUCAACAGCGGGCUGAUCCGGAGCACGCAGGAUGAUCCUCGGUACUACGACCGCAACGGGAAGCAGAUCGGUCUCGGGCAAGUUCCGCAGGACCCCGCCGACAGCGGGAGCCACCUUGUCCGGCGGUUCGGGGGCACAGAGGGGAUGAUGCGUGUCCAGGCCAAGAACGAGGAUGUGGUGCAGAACGGGUUUCCGGCGUUUGCGCUGAAUGGUGUUAGGAAUGAGACGGUGGAGGGGCUGCUGGAGUGGGAGCGGCUGGCGGGGGUGUAUAGGGAUGCGCUGAGGUUGACGUUUGCGAUGUUGUGCACGGAUGAGUGGGUGAGGGGGAGGACGGAGGAGAAUGCGACGGUGGUGGUGGAGAGGAGGAGCGGUGUGGUGCGCGGGUAUGCGGUGAGUGAGGGGUGGGCGAGAGGGCUGCAGGGGGUGUUGAGUGUGUUGGCGGUGUUGGCGGGCGGGCUGGCGGUGGCGGUGAUGAGGAGGCGGACGGAGUUGGAUGGGGAGCCGGGGAGUCUCGGGGCGGCGUUGGGCGUGAUGGAGAGGAGUGAGGAGUUGAGGAAGAUGUUGAGCGGGGUGGAGCUGCAUCCGAUGGCGACGGUGAAGAGGAUGCUGAGGAUUUCAGGGAGGAGGUAUAAACUGGUGUUGGAGGAGGGCGUGGGGCCGCGGGUGGAGGUGCUGGAGGCGGGCGGGGUGGGCGAGGGCGUGCUGGUGAAGCUCGAGGAUCAGGAGGUGGACGAGAGAGAGUAUCGCGAGAAGGACGUGUGGCCGGUCAGUAGAGGGUCAGCAAUAACCUUCAUCACCUUCUUCACCGUGAUGCUGGCGCUCGUCGUGGUGGUGUGCGUACUCGUGGGCGUGGACUAUGGCAUCCCCACCCCCUCCCCGCCAACAUCAAUCCCCUACAAGAUCCUCUUCACCUACAUCCCCACCCUCCUCGCCCUCCUCAUCGAGCCCCUCCUCGUCUCCCUCGGCAGCCAUCUCUGCAUGCUUGCUCCCUACACGCCGCUCCUGCGCGGCCCCACCCGCGCCUCUCACUCCCUCUCGCUCGACCUCGACAAGUCGCCCCCGCACUUCCAGCUGCUGCGCGCCCUGCGUGCAAAGCACUGGCUCAUUGCGGCCCUCAGCGCCGCAAUCCUUCUCAGCAACGUCCUCGCCGUUGCGCUCUCCGCGCUGUUCACACCCGAUGCAAGAGUCGUCACGCAGGACGUGACACUGCAAGCGCCGACCUCCGCCGCGCUGAAGGGCGGCUUCAGGGGCAUCAAGCUGCUCGAGAGCCACUACACACUAUACGGAACUCUCUCAUCGUCCAUCGCCGCGCCAAACUGGACCGCAGCCGACGCCUACAUCCUCCCCUUCCACCUCCCCCCCUCUUCUUCCUCCACCACCUUCAGCACCCUCACCUCCCGCACCCUCUCCCUCAGCAGCGCAAUCACCUGCACCCCCCUCCCCACCUCCCUCAUCACAACCACCUGCUACCCCACGGGCACCAACGGCUCCGCCCUCGGCCCCUGCCUCACCUCCUUCACCGGCGGCACCUCCUCCGGCUACAUCACCGUCUCCGACCCCUGCUGGCCCACCGCAAACACCACCACCUCCAACACCAACCUCGCCACCAAGCCCGCGCGCUACGACUCCCCCGCCGGCGACUGGCUCUCCUGGUCCGCCGCGUGCCCGGCCACCUUCUUCGCGGCCUGGAUGCAGCAGCCCGCGGACCCCGCCGCGCCAGGUAACUACUCUGCGGUCGUCGACGCCGUGGUGGUGAAGUGCUCGGCGGCCGACACCGCCGCGUGGGUCACUGCGACCGUGGAUUCCGCGGGCAACGUGUUGAGCGUGGCAGACGAGACGCCGCUGGGGGAGGAGGAGAUGGUGGCGCUGUAUGGGCCCGAUCGAGACGGCGUGCAGGGCUUGAUGGCCGGGUGGCUGAAUGCCAGCUAUGUGGCGGCCGCCGAGAAGUACUUCAACCUGGGUCUGUCGUGGUAUAACACGCAUCUUGCGAUGCUGCACCCGGAUGUUGUUGCGUCGCCGGCGGGGGGGAACUUGACGCAUCUGCCGGAUGUGGGCGGGGUGGCGGGCGCGCUGGAGGACGUGGUGGGGCGGCUGUAUGGGACGAGCUUGCGGCUGUAUGCCGCUGAAGUGUUCGGCGUGACGGAGGGGGCGGUGAAGGGGCGGGUUGGGAGGGUGGAGGGGGUUGUGGACGUGGGGGUGGGGGUGUUGGGGGUGGUGGGCGGGUUGUUGCUUGGUAUGGCUGCUGUGGUCGGGUGCGUGUAUUGGUGUGGGCGGGGGGGGCGGUGGAUGGGGCGGGGCGGGGGUGGGGAGGGCGUGGCGCAUGCGCCCAGGACGCUGGUGGGGCUGUGGAGCGGGGUUUAUGGGAGUGUUGAGGCGCAGCGGGUGGUGGGGGGUGUGAGGGGGGGGAGUGCGAAGGUGAGGGUGAAGGUUGUGGAGGGGCUGGGGAGACGGUGGGGGUGGGGGGUGGGCGGGAAGGGCGUGAGAGGGGGCGUGUUUGUGUAUCCGGAGGGUGAGGGCGUGGAGAGGGGGUGGAUGUCGUGGAGGAGGGGGGUGGGGAGGACGGAGACGGGGGUGACGGAGGGGGUGACGAGGGUGCGUACGUUUAGGUGGGGGGUGAAGGGGAAGGGAGGUAGAUAG